AUGGGGAUCUAUUGGCAGCUUAUAGGCGUAGUUGCUUCCGGAAUAAUCUGGAUUGCAUCCCGUUAUGUCAAGGAAGAGAUUGUCAUUAACCGGCAUGGAACCCACGCUCCCAAAUUCCAGUGCUGGUUUCCAACUGAUUUUCUCGCUGGUCUCUACUUCAUCUGGAGUAUUACCCGUCACGCUCUGAAGAAUCAAAGUGUUGAGUUCCUGCACAACUGCUUCAGCCGAACAGGGAAGGGCCUAACAGAGCUAGUCCUCGGCCGCGACAUCAGAUCACUCGCCUCGGUGGGGGAGAAUGAGUUCGCCCAGGCUCAUAAACGAUUACUCCAUACACAGUCGCUUAUUGAGCGGACGACGCCCUUUAACUUUUUGAUUCCAAGGGAUGGCUUUCGCCGCGACAAGGGCAUCGUGGACGCUGUGUUCCAGCCGACGAUUGAUAAAGCUCUUUCAAUGUCUCAGGACGAGCUGAAUAAGCUCGAUAGUGAGGAUGGCGACUGGGCGUUCGCCUAUGCCGUAGCAGCCAUAUCGAAGGACCCCAAAUUUCUUAUGGACGAACUCCAAGGAAUCUUCAUAGCGGGCCGUGAUACCACAUCUCAGACCCUGGCUUUUGCAUUUUACGAGCUGGCCCGUAAUCCGCACAUCGUCUCGGAGCUAAGAUGUAUCAUCGGUGACGUCGUUGGUUUGGGACAAGACGCAAAAAGACCAACCUAUGAAGAUCUCAAAAGAAUGACAUUUCUAACCCACAUUAUCAACGAAACUCUACGGCUAUAUCCAAAUGUGCCCAUCAACAUCCGCCAGGCUUUGAAAGACACCAGUCUUCCCAAGGGCGGUGGUCCUGAUGGCAACCUCCCUAUCGGGAUCCCUGCCGGAACGUCGGUGAUCUACUCGACGCAAAUCCUACAGCUGAGUCCAGAAAUUUAUCCACCAGUCAGCCCGAACUUUCCACCGAUAGAUGAGUUUGAUCCCCAUCGUUGGACCAAGUGGACUCCUAAGCCCUGGACCUACAUUCCCUUCAAUGGCGGUCCGCGAAUUUGCAUAGGUCAGCAGCUAGCGAUGAUCGAGAUGGCAUAUGUGAUAACGCGCGUCUUUCAACAAUUCACUGGGCUCAAGCUCAACAAGGUCGUGACCGCAGGUUCUUCGGGAUGCUGGCUGCGCAGGGAUGUAGACCCAGACUCCGCCGAGCGCUUCAUUUGCUCGCGAAUUCCAUUGGGCCACGAGAUUUCACUACAGCCCAGGGGUCCUAUUGAGCUGAUCUUUUCUUCCUAG